AUGUUCCGCCUCACAACGAUCCCCGCCCGUCGCGCCAGGCCGCUGGCCGCCAGAGCCACGGCCCUCCCCGGGCUCCCGAUCCCUUUCGCACCUCCACCCGCCGCCGCCGCCGCCGUGGUGAGCAGGAGGACGGCGGUCCAGAAAUUUAGGAUUCCCGCGCAGGGGAUCGUCGUGAUCGAACGCUCCCUGGCCUCGUUCAAGAAGCAACACAAGGAGCUGGGCAUCAAACACACCACCCCGGAGCAGGCCUACGCCAUCUACCAGGCGGGCCUGGAAGCCCUGCGCUCGAAGGGGAGCAAUCCGUACUGGGACCAGUGGUUCAUCAAGGACUUGGAGGGAGCCUCGGCCGUCGCCGUCCACGACACGGCCACGUUCCUCUACUUCUUCCGCGACGGCACCGAGGGCGAGACGCACCUCAUCCACCACCUCCUCAACAUGGCCGCCGGCAUGGGCCACGACGCCUCGGCGCUGUCCAACGCCAAGGUGCUGCUCCAGAUGAGUAACCAGAAGACGGGCUACUUCAGCUACAACGGCCCGGCGUGGGGCAAGACGCGGGAGCGCGUCGCGUGGCUGAUCAAGCAGGGCCGCGACGCCAACGCCGUCGUCCUCGAGGGCCUGAUCCACAUGAACCGCAAAACCCACGAGGACAACCUGCUCGCCAUCGACGCCUUCCGGCGCGCCUGGAACCUCGGCAAGGCCGCGUCGCACUUCGACUGGGAGGCGACCUGCCUCGAGAGCUGGGGCGACGUCCAGCUGCGGCUCGGCCGGAAGGAGGACGCCACGCACACGUUCCGUCGUCUCAUGAAGCUCGGGUUCAACCGCGGCUUCUACCGCUACGCCAUGAUGCUCGAGCCCGGGAGCUCAGAGUAUCUGUCGUGUUUGACGCACGCGGCGGCCGCGGGCAUGGUCGAGCCAUUGGAGCCGCUGAUGAACGAGCACCUGAAGCGGAGCGAGCAGUGCCUGGCCCAGGGCAACAAGGCACAUGCGGACGAGCAUCGGUCACAUGCUCUGGAGUGGUCGAGGGUACUCGAGUUCAUUAAGUCAUUAAGCCGCGGAUAG